CCCUGCGGCCAUCCUUGCCCGCCAGAACCCCCUCUCUCUCUCUCUUCACACCCCCCCCCCCCUUGCAUUUCCCCUUCUUUCCAUUUUUCCUAUAGAGAAGAAGAAGAAGAAGAAGGUUGAUUUCCAUUGUCUCCUCCUGUCAAGCCGCCACCUCCUUCUCCUUCUUUCCAUUUUUCCAAGUGUAGUAACACAAUAUCAUUCAUGGCUCAACUCUAUUUAUUCCCCCUGCUGUUUACACUCAUUAAUCAAUUCACAUCAGGAAUUUAUGCAUCAGCAACAUUUACAUUAGUAAACAAGUGCCAGUACACAGUUUGGCCCGGCAUUUUGUCCAAUGCCGGAAUUGCCCCGCUUUCCACCACCGGCUUUGCUCUUCAAGUUGGAGAGUCCAGGACCAUUCAAGUUCCUUCCUCCUGGGGUGGCCGCUUCUGGGGUCGGACCCGCUGCACGGGAGACUCCUCCUCCGGCAAAUUCAGCUGCGUCACGGGGGAUUGUGGCUCCGGAAAGCUAGAAUGUGCUGGCGGCAACGCUGCUCUGCCCGCCACCCUGGCUGAAUUCACGCUCGACGGGGCCGGUGGCUUGGACUUCUAUGACGUCAGCCUGGUGGACGGCUACAACCUCCCCAUGCUCGUGGUCCCGCAAGGUGGCUCCGGGGGCAACUGUACAACCACGGGAUGCGUGGUUGAUCUGAACGGGGCGUGCCCUUCGGACCUGAAGGUCACGAGCAGCGACGGGGAGAAAGUGGCGUGCAAGAGCGCGUGCGCGGCGUUCGGGCAAGCUCAGUAUUGCUGCAGCGGAGCGUAUAAUACUCCUGAUACGUGCAAGCCAUCCAGUUACUCGCAGGUGUUCAAGAACGCUUGCCCACGCGCCUAUAGCUAUGCCUACGAUGAUAAGACGAGUACCUUCACGUGUGCGGGCGCCGACUACAUUAUUACCUUCUGCCCACCUCCCAACACCAGCCAAAAAUCAACACAAACUCCGGCGGGCGGCGACGGCGACGACGACAACAACACUCCGCUGAUCAACGGAACCAUGAUAUACCAGGGUGCAGAAUGGGAGGAGAGCGGUGCUGCAGCAUCCGCGUCCAGAUCGCAGGCCAUUGCCGCUGCUGUCGCCAUCGCUGCAGCAAUGUGGCGGUUGUGUCACCACUUCUAACUUCUUCUGUUCGUUUUGGACUUUCUUCUAUCCGUUUUUUCGGUCCCUCCCCCUCUCUCAGUCCACAUCUAGCACCAACUCUUCGCGACCCAUUACCUUCCACGGAGGCCCAUCUAACCUUGUCCGGUUCCGGGUGGCGUACCACCUGUGGGCCAUUCAGUUUAUCUGGUCCUCGCCGUUCCGUGGUCCCAAAUUCCGGCCCGGCCCACAUGACGACGAUCCCAGUCACCAUGGAAAGCUAGCUCAGCAGUGGGACCAAAACCCCUCUGCUCACGUCACUGGCGGUAGUUCGUUUUCAUGGAGGAACGCACAAAUAGCAGCAGAGUCUAAUUAUAGCAGACACAUUUACAAGAUACUACUAGGCGGCGGAGUAGGGUAGCUGUAGGGGUGGUGCCAAUUUUUUCUUAAACUUUUGGUUUUUUUUUUUUUUUUUAAAGAAUAGCGCAGCGGGUAGGAGAUUCAUCAAAAUAUUUAUUGUGUUAGCAUAGUGAUGUAUAUUUAGCCCUAGUGAUGUAUAUUGUACACUACAGAUCAAUAAGAAGAAUCAAUCUUAAAUUAUUGUUUGGUCA